CUCACCAGCAUGUCUACGAGACCACUACGCAAACAGCUUUCUUGGCUGCUUCUUGGAAUCCUUCUUGCCACAACGAGUACCUCACAAGCUCAAAAUAAUCCUUGCCAGCAGUCACAACAGCUAUGUCUGAACGGUGCGAUAUGUCGUCCGGCUUAUCUCAACCCGGGGUACAUAUGCGAGUGCCAAGGAAGCUGGCAAGGACAGAACUGCGAGCAGAGACUCCCGGGAUUGUCACCGUCAAUUCCUAAAGAGUGUGGCAGUAAUUUCUACAGUGACUCUGGCGUCAUUACCACGACAAACUUCCCACUGCCGCCGAAUGACAACGAAGACUGUUUCUACAUCGUUCGGAUACCUUCGGCCGAGUCGAUUACUUUUUUCUUUGACGUCUUCCUUUCUGAGAAUCAUAAAGAUGGGUUGAUCAUCUAUCCUGGCACCACAGUGAAUGAUCAAUCAUCAGAUCUACGGACGUAUAUUGGAACUGACCAAAUCGCUCCACAAACAUUCAACACUAACCAGGUAGUGUUGUACUGGUAUACAGACUUCAAUGUUCCAAGUGGAGGCUUUUCAAUCAGAUAUGAAGCCGAUCCUGAUCCUUGUUGGGUUAAUCCAUGUCAAAAUGGGGGUUUUUGUAAUAGAAUCGGCAGCACUGGGACCAAUGGGUACCAGUGCACCUGUCUCCUAGACUUCAGCGGAGUCAACUGUGAAAUAGGCACCGUAAUCGUUUCACAGACCGCCAUCAGUGUGAGCUCCGGUAUUCCUGUUAUUCAGGGUCGUCUCACCCCUGCCAACAAAGAAUAG